AUGAACAAAACGAUGCAAGCAUUAAUCAAAGCAAUGUCUGUGCUGACCGAAACUACCAAUGGUCAUGGUGGUGCAGUUGUCAGACGCAAUGGGAAGAUCAUGAAUCAAAGUGGAAUCAAUUUGACUGACAACGAAGCUGUCCUGAUCGCAGACAAAAUGUUCAACAACGAUUUCGAGUAUUUCCAGAUGGAUGGAAUGACUAUUAAGAAUCACAAGUAUGCAGUGACCAAUUCCGAUGACAAAAAAGGCGUAGUUACAGCGAUGAAAGGCAACAAUGGAGUUAAUAUAAUCAAAGGAAAGAAUACUAUAGUCAUUGGAUACUAUAACAAUACUGCAAAGCCAGUUACUGCUGGCCAAAACCACAUUGUUACUUAUGUAAAGUGA